GGUUGAGUUAAUGGGAAAGCGCGCAGUGUUUGUGAUAAAUCCUGGUGUAGUGACUGUGUGUUUUGGACUCAGCAGCUGUGGGGAAGAAAGGAGCCUGGCAGUUAGUCGCACGAGCCGCCGCCGCCGCCGCUGCUGCUGCUGCUGCUGCUGCUGUUAGCCUGCUAGCUAACUGCAAAAAGAGAUUAAAAACAGGAUUUUUCUUCAUAAUUCCUGCAGUAUCCGUUCUGUACAGACGUUACAUAAUACAGUGUAGGAAAAUUCUCGUCGGCUGUUGCUAGCUGAGGAGCUAAUAACGUGACUUAGCCUUAAUUGUCAACUUCAUUCUCCUGGUCAAAGACCAUUCAUAUUGAGCUCAGAGACCAGUCAGCUGAAUAUCUGCUGAAUAUCUGCUCACUUCUGUCUGUUUAAUGGGACAUAACUCCAUACUGAAACGCUGUGUUGGUCAGUGAGCCUCAUUCUGGCUAACUGAGGCGUUUUAAACCGUCAUUAUGUGUGAGGAAUACAGAUAUAAAGCUGUGUGAGAGGUUGGAGUGCAGAUAUAGGUGUUAAUGUGAGGGUGGUGUGUUGGUCAGGGGCCUGUAUGUGUGUGUCUGUGUGAGGAUGUUUGUGUUACAGCAGGACGAGGCAUAAUGCUGUCAGUGAGGAUGCUGAGCUGUCUGGCUACAUGAAUUAAGGCAUUCUGGACUUGCAUUAGCCACCCUGCCUCUGUAUGGAAAAAAGCCUCACGUUUGAAGAUAGAAGGGCCACAGGUGUGGGACUUUGCCAUUGUAAGAGCUGAAUCAUGUUCAACCUGAUCAAAAAGGACAAAGAGAAGGAUGCAGGGCGGAAGAAGGACAAGAAAGACAAGCGGGAGCGGAUGUCUGCCGCGGAGCUGCGCAGCCUCGAUGAGAUGAGUAUGAGAAGGGGCUUCUUCAAUCUGAACCGCAGCUCAAAGCGGGACUCGCGCAGCAAGCUGGAAAUCUCGAACCCCAUCCCUAUCAAGGUGGCCAGCAGCAUGGAGCUCAGUCUGAACGACAUUGAGUCGGACGGGCUCAGUAACCGCAGCAGUGUGGUGCUCGACUCGGAGCAGCUCAGUGCUGCGAGCUCAAGCGAUGAUCUGAAGGGCGACUACGGCAGUUCUGUGCGGGAGCGGGCGGCCAGGUUUGGCCCUCUGGCAUCGCCCAGCUCGCAAAUGAGCCAGAUUAUGAAGCGCUUUUCUUUCUCGCAACGGAGCAAAGAGGAGAGCGCUUCGGAAGGAUCCACUCCGUCCGGCCAGAACUCGGCCGCGCCGUCGCCUCAGGUGGAGAACAAGCUGCUGGCCCCCGAGCGAAAGCAGAGCCUCCAGCAGCAGACUGCAGAUGGCAAGAAAGUUCGCAUCCCAGAGAUGGUGGAGAAGACUUUCCCCGCCAGUCUGCGUCUUCCAGCUGUAGUUCCUCCACCGACGCCUGAGAUCCGCGAGCUGGAGCUGCAGCGGCGUAACACAGGCGAUUUUGGCUUUUCUCUUCGUCGUACCACCAUGCUGGACCGGGCAGCGGACGGGAGCGUGUACCGGCGAGUGGUGCAUUUUGCUGAGCCUGGUGCUGGGACUAAGGACCUAGCGCUGGGGUUGGUGCCAGGAGACCGGCUGGUGGAGAUUAACGGCCGAAACGUGGAGAGCAAGAGCAGGGACGAGAUUGUGGAGAUGAUCAGGCAGUCGGGUGAUGCGGUUCGUCUGAAGGUACAGCCCAUUCUGGAGCUGAGCGAAUUGAGUCGCUGUUGGCUCAGGAACACGGACGAGUUGCGCCGCGAUGCCUUAGACGGACCGGUGGAAGAGGAUCCCGUGACUAUCCUACAGGUGGCCCACGCUGCUGCCGCCCAGCCUAAGGUGAAGACCGAGGAGCAGAUCGCUGCAGAGCAGGCAUGGUACGGCUCCGAGAAAGUGUGGCUGGUCCACAAGGAUGGCUUCUCUUUGGCCACUUUGCUGAAGACGGAGGCGGGCAGCCUGCCAGAGGGGAAGGUGAAGAUCAAACUGGAGCAUGACGGGACAGUACUGGACGUGGACGAGGACGAUGUGGAGAAGGCGAACCCUCCAUCUUAUGACCGUUCUGAAGACUUGGCGACUCUACUCUACCUGAACGAGUCGAGCGUGAUGCACUGUCUGCGGCAGCGCUACGGAGGAAACCUCAACCACACUUACGCUGGGCCCAGCAUGGUGGUCAUCAACCCCAUCAGUGCUCCUUCCAUGUACUCGGAGAAGGUGAUGCACAUGUUUAAAGGCUGCAGGCGUGAGGACACGGCACCUCAUGUCUAUGCUGUGGCUCAGUCGGCCUACCGGAACCUUCUGACCACACGGCAGGACCAGUCCAUCGUUCUGCUUGGCAAAACUGGCAGUGGCAAGACCACCAACUGCCAGCACCUGGUGCAGUACCUGCUCUCCAUCGCUGGCAGCAUCGGCAAGAUCUUUUCAGCGGAGAAAUGGCAGGCAGUCUACACGAUCCUGGAGGCAUUUGGGAACUGUGCCACCUCCAUGAAUUCAAACGCAAGCCGCUUCUCCCAGAUCGUCUCUCUGGACUUCGACCAAGCCGGCCAGGUGGCCUCCGCCUCCAUCCAGACAAUGCUGCUGGAGAAACUGAGGGUGGCCAAGAGGCCGGAAGCUGAGUCCACUUAUAAUGUCUUUUAUUACAUGAUGGCUGGGGCAGACAACACUCUCAGGACUGAGCUACAUUUCAACCACUUUGCUGAGAACAACACCUUUGGAAUUGUGCCUCAUUCAAAGUCUGAAGACAAGCAGAAGGCAGCACAGCAGUUCACUAAGCUGCAGGCAGCUAUGAAGGUGCUUGGUAUCUCUGCUGAUGAGCAGAAAGCUCUUUGGCUCAUACUCGGGGCCAUCUACCACCUGGGAGCUGCUGGGGCCACGAAAGCCGGCCGUAAACAGUUUGCACGUCAUGAGUGGGCCCAGAAGGCGGCCUACCUCCUGGGCUGCACCCUUGAAGAACUUUCCUCGUCAAUCUUCAAACACCAUCCAAAAGGAACCCUGCAGAGGUCCACCUCCUUCCGCCAGGGUCCGGAUGAUGUCGGAGCUGGAGAAAGCCCAGGUACAAAGAUCACGGCUCUGGAGUGUCUGGAGGCCAUGGCUGCCGGGCUCUACGCAGAACUCUUUACUCUCGUCAUCUCCCUCAUCAACCGAGCACUGAAGUCAAGUCAGCACUCACUGUGCUCUCUUCUAAUUGUGGACACUCCGGGUUUUCAAAACCCUCGGCUGGCUAAGCGUGGCGCCACUUUUGAGGAGCUGUGCCAUAACUAUGCUCAGGAGCGCCUGCAGGCCCUGUUCCAAGAGCGCACAUUUGUACAGGAGCUGGAGCGAUACAAGGAGGAAAACAUAGAGCUUGCAUUAGAUGACAUAGAGCCCAGUACGUCCUUAUCUGUAGCAGCUAUAGACCAAGCCUCAACCCAAGCGUUGGUGAGGACGCUGGCGAGGACUGAUGAGGCACGUGGAUUGCUGUGGCUGAUGGAGGAAGAGGCUCUGCAGCCUGGGGGCUCUGAGGAAACUCUGCUGGAGCGCCUUUUCAGCUACUAUGGCCCCACAGAGGGAGAGGUCAAAGGCCCAAACCUGCUGCUGAAGAGUGAGAAGCAGCAUCGCUUCCUGCUGGGUCACAGUCAUGGCACAGACUGGGUGGAAUAUGAUGUUCUUGGCUGGUUGUGCCAUGCCAAGCAGAACCCUGCCUCCCAGAAUGCUGUCACUCUGCUGCAGGACUCGCAGAAGAAGAACAUCAGUGGGCUGUUUAUGGGGCGUUCAGGAGGUGCCACGGUGCUGUCGGGCUCCAUUGCCGGCCUUGAAGGAGGCUCUCAGCUGGCCUUGCGUCGGGCAACCAGCAUGAGGAAGACUUUCACUACCGGCAUGGCUGCCGUCAAAAAGAAGUCCCUGUGCAUCCAGAUCAAGCUGCAAGUGGAUGCGCUUAUAGACACGGUGAGGCGCUCUAGGGUGCACUUUGUGCACUGCCUGAUGCCCAAGGCGGAGGCCCUGAGUGGAGAGAUGCGUGUUCAUGGAGAAAGCAGUGACACAGGGCUCAUGCAGCUGGACGUGGUGCUGCUGCGUGCUCAGCUCCGAGGCUCCAAACUGCUUGAUGCUCUGCGCAUAUAUCGCCAAGGUUACCCUGAUCACAUGGUGUUCUCUGAGUUCCGCCGACGCUUUGACGUACUAGCACCCCACCUGACUAAAAAGCACGGACGCAACUAUAUUGUGACAGAUGAGAAAAGGGCUGUGGAAGAGCUCCUGGAGUUUCUGGAGCUGGAGAAAAGCAGCUAUCACAUGGGUUUGAGCAGGGUGUUUUUCAGGGCAGGGGUUCUGGCUAAGCUGGAGGAACAGAGGGAUCUGCAGACCAGGCGCAACAUCACUCUCUUCCAGGCCACCUGCAGGGGCUACCUCGCCCGGCAAGCCUUCAAAAAGAGGAAGAUCCAAGACCUGGCCAUCCGCUGCAUCCAGAAGAACAUCAAGAAGAACCGUGGUGUGAAGGACUGGCCCUGGUGGAAGGUCUUCACUACCGUGCGGCCUCUGAUCCAAGUGCAGCUCAGCGAGGAGCAGAUCCGUGGCAAAGACGAGGAGAUUCAGCAGCUGAAGCUGAAGCUGGAGAAAGUGGAGAAGGAGAGAAACGAGCUGCGACUCAACACUGACCGUUUAGAAAGCAGGAUCACAGAGCUGUCAUCAGAGCUAGCCGACGAAAGGAACACAGGCGAGUCUGCCUCUCAGCUGCUCGAGUCUGAGACCUCCGAGAGACUCCGGCUGGAGAAGGACAUGAAAGACCUUCAGGCCAAGUAUGACUCCAUGAAGAAGCAGAUGGAGUCCAUGGAGAUGGAGGUGAUGGAGACUCGGCUCAUACACGCCUCCGAGCUUAAUGGAGAGAUGGACGAUGAUGACACAGGAGGAGAGUGGAGACUGAAGUAUGAGAGAGCAGUCCGGGAGACCGAGUUCACCAAGAAGAGGCUGCAGCAAGAGUUUGAUGACAAGCUGGAGGUGGAGCAGCAGAACAAGAGGCAGCUGGAAAGACGGCUGACAGACAUGCAGGCAGACAAUGAGGAGGUACAGCGGGUGGCACAGCAGCUGAAGAAGAAAUGCCAGAAGUUGACAGCUGAGCUCCAGGACACCAAACUCCACCUGGAGGGCCAGCAGAGUCGCAACCAUGAGCUGGAAAAGAAGCAGAGGAAGUUUGACUCUGAGCAGAGUCAGGCCCAGGAGGAGGUGCAGAAAGAGAGAAGUCAGCGUGAGAAGCUGAGUCGGGAGAAAGACAUACUGACUGGGGAAGUGUUCAGCCUCCGACAGCAACUGGAGGACAAAGAUCUGGAAAUGUGUGCUCAAAAUCUGAAGCUGGAGCAGAUGGAGGCUGAGCUGCAGGAUCUGAACUCUCAGGAGUCGAAGGAUGAGGCCUCGCUAGCCAAGGUCAAAAAGCAGCUCCGUGACUUGGAGGCAAAAGUCAAAGAUCAGGAGGAGGAGCUUGAUGAGCAAGCAGGCACUAUUCAAAUGUUGGAGCAGGCCAAGCUACGUUUGGAGAUGGAGAUGGAGAGGCUGAGACACACACAUUGUAAAGAGAUCGAGAGCAAAGAUGAUGAGGUGGAGGAGAUCAGACAGUCAUGUAGUAAGAAGCUGAAGCAGAUGGAGGUCCAGUUGGAGGAGGAGUAUGAAGAUAAACAGAAGGUCCUUAGGGAGAGGAGAGAGCUAGAAGCCAAGCUGCUGUCCGCUCAAGACCAGGUUAACCACAGAGAUGUAGAGACGGAAAAACGCCUCAGGAAAGACCUGAAGCGCACCAAAGCCCUUCUAGCUGAUGCCCAGAUCAUGCUGGACCACCUGAAGAACAAUGCACCUAGCAAGAGGGAGAUUGCCCAGCUGAAAAACCAGCUAGAAGAAUCUGAGUUCACCUGUGCUGCUGCAGUCAAAGCCCGCAAGGCCAUGGAGGUGGAAAUUGAGGACCUUCAUGUUCAGAUGGAUGACAUCUCCAAAGCCAAGCAGACUUUGGAGGAACAGCUGAUCCGUGUGCAGCGGGAGAAGAACGACCUGCAGUCGCGCAUGGAGGAAGACCAAGAGGACAUGAACGAGCUCAUGAAGAAGCACAAAGUGGCUGUUGCCCAGUCCUCUCAGAGCCUGGCACAGGUCAGUGAGCUCCAGUCUCAGCUAGAGGAGGCCAUGAAGGAGAAACAGGAAGUCCAGGAGAGGCUCACGGCACUGCAGAGUCAGUUGGAGUUUCAGGAACAGUCCAUGGUGGACAAAUCUCUGGUUAGCAGGCAAGAGGCCAAGAUCCGCGAGAUCGAGACCAAACUUGAGUUUGAGAAGACACAGGUGAAACGUCUGGAGAGUCUAGUGUCGAGGCUGAAAGAGAAUGUGGAAAAACUGACUGAGGAACGUGACCACCGUAGCACCAGUGAGAACCGUGAGAAGGAGCAAAACAAACGACUGCAGCGUCAAAUCCGUGACCUCAAGGAGGAGAUGGGUGAACUGGCCAAAAAGGAGGCUGAAGCCAGCCGGAAAAAGCACGAGUUGGAAAUGGACAUUGAGAGCUUGGAGGCUGCAAAUCAGAGUCUUCAGGCGGAUCUCAAGCUGGCCUUCAAAAGGAUCGGUGACCUGCAGGCUGCUAUUGAAGAUGAGAUGGAGAGCGAUGACAACGAGGAUCUUAUCAACAGUUUACAAGACAUGGUGACUAAGUAUCAGAAACGAAAGAACAGAACUGAAGGAGACUCGGAUUCCUGCUCAGAAGUGGAGGAGCGAGUUGAUGGUGUGAAGUCCUGGCUCUCCAAAAACAAAGGCUCAGCCAAGAAUAUAUCAGAUGACAGCAGCUUGAAGAGCUCAAGAUAUGCUGCAAACAGUGAUACCAAAGAGGGGAAGGAAUGGCAAGAGAAUGGCAAAGAAGGUAAAGGUUUAGACCAGAGUAGGCCAGUGUCUGUGAUGAGUUCACUCAGUUAUAGGAAACGUUCCAACCUCAAGGAUUCCCUUGGUGGCAAAGGCGAUGAGGGCUCACUCUUUAGCACCCUCAAGGAGCAGGAUGACUCUGAGGAGCUCUCAUCUUUCCGCAAAAACAAAGCCAGGCAGAUCGAUGCCAGGGACUCCUACUCAGUGAACUCCUGGAGGAAGGAUGAGCUGGAUGACAGGGGCUCAGUUAUCUCACAGGCUUACUCAGAGGCAGCCAGCAGGGCCAGGAAGGGCAUGGAGAGCCGCUGGACAGAAUUGGACAACAAAUCAGUUGUGUCAUCCAUGGGCCCAAGCCGAGCCUCUUGGUUGGACUACGAUGAUGAUGACGUCAAAUCCAGUGUGAGUGCUGCAAGCAUGCUGAGUCGUCGCCGCAGCAUGUCUCGGCUGGACGAGCGCCUGAGCGAGGGUCGCUCAGCAGUUAGUCCAUCCCUGAGCUGUAGAAGUCCAGGAAGUGUGAGCCGGAGAAGCCCUGGCAGUGUGAGCCGGAGAAGCCCUGGCAGUGUGAGCCGUGCCGAUUCCCGUAUGUCCUUAGCUCGCAGCUGUCGCCUCAGUGAGUUUGAUAUGGAUGAUGAUGCCAUGAGUGUGGCUUUCAGUGAAUUGCAUUCCAACUCCUACAGUCCCCACCACUCUUCCAGUGGCCGCAGCAUGUCCAUGCCCCCACGGGCAAGAACCACUGACUCUGACCUGCCUGAUGCCUCUGACCUCAAGCCCGUCAGCCACCGCAACUACCUCGACCCAGCUCUGGAGGCAGCCAUCAAUGAGGUGCUGAAUUUCAAGCCUGUCAAGUUCAAGCGGAGCAGCCUGGAAGACUCUGAAGCUGAGACCGGCAAGCCGAGCAAGCGUGUGGGGGACAAGGAAGAUGAUGAGGUGAAGAGUGUGAGGUCUGGUAGGGACAGCAGCCGCAGCUCCUCCAGCUUGAGACGUUCUGCUUCAGCUGUGGACUUCCAUCGCUCCAGCAGCAGCCUGAGCACCCGCAGCAGGAAGAAGAGCAAGAGCAGGAAAAGGAGGAGCCACAGCUCUGAUUCCUCUGAGAAUGAGCGUAGAAGAAGGAGGUCCAAGAAGAAGGGCAAAAAAAAGAAGUCAAAGAAGGAGUCCUCCUCAUCGUCCUCUUCUUCCUCCUCUGAGUCUCAGUCUAGCUCAGAGUCAGAUUCCAGCUCAGGAGCGUCCACUAUCUCAUACAGAAGUGCCAACAGCAUCAAGAGAGCUCCUGGUAGGCAGGCAUUGGCUUCUGAAGACGAGGGAGAGCCUGGAGGUGGUUCCGAAGCUGUUCCGCCACUCGGCAAAAAAGAGGAGAAGAAAAGGAAGAAGAACGUGGAUAGUGUGAUGAUGAAAUAUCUGUACAGGCCAGACAGUGACUGAAGAUAGCACCCCCCCUCUGGCCGAAGACGCUUCUGCCUCAACAGAUCCGACGAGGAAGAAGAGGAGGAGGAGAAGGAAGAAAAGCGCACA